CGCAAAUACAACGUCAACUUCCACAGAGUCCAAUGUAACAGUCAUCGGAUUUUUACUCUUUAAUGUAUUAUUUUUAUCGAUUAAAAUGGAUGUAGUUAUUUAUAUACUAUCUGCGAGUAUUCUGCUCAUUCUCAUACUGUUUGCUGUGAAAUUUCGUGCGCGUGUCGAGACAGCAGCAGAUCGUGAGCACGCUCAGAAUGUGGCGGUUAGAGCCGCAGCGCGUCCACAGGCGGCGGUGGAGGAACGGUCGGCAGGGAUGCCCCGUCGCCGUAGAAACCUCCACAGCAGGGUGACUGCACAGCAACGGAUACAGCAAAACACACCAGACGACGAGGCCGAUCCUGUAGAAGCAGAUGAGAUUGAAGAGGACAGACAUCCGUCUGAAGAACGUCCUCAAGCCGCUGGUAAAGUUGGAGCGAAGAAACAGAGGAAGCUGGAGGAGAAACAGGCUCGGAAAGCUCAGAGAGAGGCAGAAAUGGAGGAACGAGAGGAGAGGAAGAAAAUGCAGGAGCUCAGAGACCAAGAGAGACAGAAAGAGGACGAGAACGAGCGACUCCAGGAGCAGAAACAGGAAGAGGAGUUGCGGCGAGCCAAAGAGGAGCAGGAGAGGAGAGAAGAGGAGGAGUAUCAGAGACUGAAGGAGGCUUUUGUGAUUGAGGAGCAGGGAGAGUCGGAGGAGCUCACGGAGCAGGAGUCUCGUAACCUUUUGCAAGAGUUCAUCGAUUAUGUCAAGAAAUCUAAAGUGGUUUUAUUGGAGGAUUUGGCGUCUCACUUUGGGAUGCGCACACAGGAUGCUAUUGCCAGACUGCAGGAUUUGAUGGCACAAGGUUCUCUCACAGGGGUGAUUGAUGACAGAGGAAAGUUUAUUUUCAUCACCCCGGAGGAGCUGAACGCUGUGGCUGACUUUAUCAGACAGAGAGGACGAGUGUCUAUCGCAGAACUGGCCCGAGCCAGUAACACCCUCAUCAACCUGAACCCUGACAUCCAGAGCUCAUAACCACACAGACUGAAUUUAAAUAAAUACAUGCAUUACACGCAGAUGUAAAUAAAGUGACAUGAAUUAUGUUUGUGAGCACACAAGCUUCGUGUCGUCUUAUAAUCUCGUUCCACUGUUUUUGCUGGCGUUCUUAACAGUACACACAGAUUUCAGACACUCUGCUUCUGCUUAAUGUGAUGUCAUUAAUCAUUUAAAGACCAUUAUGUACGACCUAAUUAAUAUUCAUAAGUUGAUCUCUUUCUAUUUUGUGAUGUGACAAAAUCCUGUUUAAUGCAAAAUCACAAAACAAAGUGCAAUGCUUUGUGUUGUAACUUAAAUGUAAACAGGCGACCUGAAAAAAAUAUUCUUUCACCUUUAACUGUUUGUGAACGAUUGUGGCAAACAUCUUGAAAAGCAUGUGACGGAUUGUAUGCGGGGUGUUUGGCUUGUGACACCAAUUUCCUGUUUUAUCCGGAAGUCCAGCUUUUUCUGUUCGUGUGUUCGUCACGUGAUCAUGUUCAGUGGGAGGUGAGCUGGUCCCGCUGCGCCCUCUGCUGGUGUUUGGUCACAACAUCGCCGCAAGAAAUACAAGAUUAUCAGAUUAGGUGUAUAACAAAUUAGGUUUGACUUGUGAAUCUUAAAUAUGACACUGUUGGCUACAGGAUUCAGUCGUGCUGUUUGAAAAUAAAACAUAGGAUCCGGUUUCGCAUGACAAACCGUCCGUAGUAUGUGAAUGCGCCCUCCAGAGGGCGCUGUGUCCUCCAGGCUUCAUCGCAUUUCUUCAAUUCUGCUCUUUCAGGACAAACAAACACUCGCGGGCUCCUGCUGGUGCUGCUCCCAGUUCGCUCGCUCCGGAGACCCCGAACACCUGUAAAGUUUCAGCUGGUCUGAAUCGGUUCUGGUGUGGUUCGAACUGGUGGUGUUCGUUCUGUCUUCUGGUUCAGGAUGAGAGAGGAACGCGACGGCACAGGGCGGAUCACGCUGUUUUUACGGUCUUGGAUGUUUUUGGACGUGUGUGAAAUGAUGGCAGUGAUAUAAUGCGAGUGAUCCCCGUGGAUCUGUCACUCUUGUAUCCGUGUGUGUGCGCGCGCGCGCGGGGGACUCUUUGAUCUGUGCAGUUAAAGUGAACACACAAAAGCUCACGUGUGAACCUGUCUGAACUCUGUUUAUAAGAAUGACGCUGGCGUUGAGCCCUGCGGCCGUGUGUCAGUGCUUCACACUUGUGUCGCUGUGCACAUCUAUCGCAGACCCCAACUGGAUCCAGAUCCAAAACACUUCUCAAGCAAACGGCCAGCAGCUCAUCUACGGCGUGGCUUUCACUAUACACGCGUAUCAGAAUCGCACGGACACAGGGCCGCUGGGCGGGCUCAACGGAUGGGGAAUGUGGCUGCUGUACAUGCUGGCGUGUCUCUGCUACAGCGCCGUCCUGCUCUCCAGUUUCUCUUUCCUGCUGGACUUCCUCGGCACAGCUGUCUCUCGCUCACGACUGGUGACAUCACUGUAUAUAUCAACAGCGUUGGACUGUCUGGCGGUUCUGGGUGUGUGUGUAACCUGUCUGUAUGUUAUUAAACACAACCUGCAGCGAGCAAAACACCACUCACGGUCAGACCGAACAGAAAUAAACCCGUCCGAGCUGCUUGUGUCUCCGGGAGAGAGUCUGUACAUUGAGCUGCUGGGUUUGAUCUUCUCGGUAAUGGCCUGUGCUUUUGCCCUCAAGGGUCGAGCGGAGCCCAUCGCACCGCGUGAUUACCUGAGCGUGGAAACUGAGGACAGUGAAACGGAGCCUUUGAUUGGUGGAGCUGAGUGAUCGGGUGGAAGAGGUUCACUUGAUUUGUUCUGAAACUAUUGCACAAUAAGACUCGAGAGAAAUGAUACUGAGAGUGUCCGGUAUCUCAGGAACAUAAGGAUCUUUCUGACACUGUUGGAGUUGAGAUUAUUGGAAUUUGUUCAUUUUAAGUUCAUGAGGUAGAAUGUGAAUUUAAUUUAAUUGAAGCACUGGAUGUUGAAUUACAGGUUUAAACUGAAAUGAAGGAUUUUACUGAAGGUAAAUAAAUUUAACAAAGAAAAUGAAAUAAAUCCAAGAACAAAUUAGAAAUGUACGCCUGCUUAUGUUAAUGUUGAAGAGCUUAUGGUAAAUUACAGCAUUUGAAGUCUUUUUCACUAUGCUCUAUAUAAUGUAUGCUAAAUUAUUAAAUGAAGUAUGUGAAAAUAUACGGUGCGUUUUUUUAGAAAUACACAUUUCUUUAUAUUCUAAUGUUACGUGGGAAUUUAUUUAUGAGUAAUCGAAAAUCAAAAAAUGCAUUUCAUCGCAAGUAAUCAUGGUAUAAUAGUUUAACAAACUUGUGUUAUAAUUCUGCAUUCCAUUUCAAAUUUUACAAAGUUAUAUUUAAUACUGUGUAUCAUCUUUAAAUAAUCCAAAACCAAACAAUGGCAAGAAUUUCUCUUUUUAAAUUUCCCACACUUGUUUUUUUACUCUUUCUGAUCUGAUGUUUAUAUCAGCGUGGUGAUGACAGUGGAAUCAUGGGACGCUGAGCUCUGUGCUUUCAUUUCUCAGUUCUCUCUCAUUAGACUCCAUCCAGCCUCUCUCUCUCCAUCAGCGCUGCUUCGCCACCUGCUGUCACAUGACACCCGCCCGAGCUCCAGUUGGAUGGAGACCAUCUCCAUAGUAACCUUGAGAAAUUGUUGAUGUCACUGAUGAAUUUGUGAAUGGGAAGAGAGAGGAUAAAGAUCUAACAAUAGAUGCUGACGUUUUAUUCGGUGUAGUCAGUUGUAUGAGCUGUCAUUUUUGCUGAUGUUGUUGGUCUAGUGUUUGUGUGUGCAUGUUAAAACCACGAUUACUACAUCUGAGAAUGACGGUGUGAUGCACACACAAAGAAAAGAUCGUGGAUGAUGUUGGACAAAUGUUCAGCCUGAGGAUGUGUGCCAUGUCACACCAUGUUCUCACUUCAGAUCAUGAAGCGACUGUAUGUACUGAUGUAUGUGUCAUGAAUGGAUCCUCUCCGAUGUCUUGCUCUCAAAUGGGUUUUAUAUGUGUGGCCGCUUUAAAAGCAGUGUAUCGAUUCUGUUGUUAUUGUUGAAGUUAUACUAAGUUAUACUGCAGCUGCAUUUACACACAAAAAGAAUGUUUUGAAUGCUAUAUUUACUUUAUUUAGUUUGUAUUAUAUUACUGUAGUGUCCCUCAUUAAACCACCCUUUAAACAAUGUUAGCGUGUCCU